AUGUCGUGCAGUCUUUGUCGCUUGCCGUUCACUGCCACUCCCCGCUCGCAGAACCUGCGUCCUCUCCCACCGGGCACGCUCACAGAGAAGCAGUACAACUACCUGCAGUGGGGCUUCGUCCUUGGACGAAAUGUUCCUGGAGGAUGCCUCAUUAUGGAGUACUUCCAGACGGGAACAUUUGGAAACCGCCCCCAAAUCCCUUUGAUUAUCAAUGUCGCUUGGGAAUCGGAGGCAGGAACUAUCGUCGCUCUUCAUACGGUCUGCGCCACCAUUUUGCGGGAGAUGUUUGAGGCUACAGAUUUAUCGUUCAAGUCUAUCAUCCAGUUGUGCUUGAUCGAGCAGGUCUUGGGACCCACACAACGUGGACCUAACGCUGGACGAUUCAAGGAUUUCGACUACGAAGCUGUCGGCCAGGACAAAGUUGAUACGCGUCCAUUUUGGAAGCUCAAUGCUAAGACCGAAAUGUAUGAAUUCGAUUGGGCUACGUUCAAAGCAUGCGGCCUUGAUUGGACGUUGUCUAGGCCCGAUGUCUUCCCUCGCUUUCACUCAAAUGUAUCCCCCCAGCGCCUCGUUUUAGCCUUCGAUGCUAGCACUCAGGAAAGUGUUUUGACCCGGCAGCCAUUCGACAUCCUACACCUUCUACUUCCCUACUUCACCAACAAAUCUUUCGUGGCCCUGCUCUCUACAUGCCGCUUCUUCCGCUACCAUGCACUCACGACUUUCCAACCGCAAGCACGUACUCGUGUCCUUGGCCUCGGAUGGGCCGUCCCUCUCCCAGCAGAAUACGCGGAAGCGUGUCGGUCCCUCCUAUACAAGCAUGAGCAUAAGGUCGCAGCUGCGACCUCCAUCCCUAUGGCUCACCCGGAACAUUCGUCCAUGCACGGUGACUGGUUCCUUUACCUCUCCCAAGUGCACCGCAUGCCUGCCUUGCGUGCGCGCCGCCGCAUCUGGGAUCUGUCCGCCGCGAUCCGGCGUGAAUAUACCACGCGUCAUGCCUGUAGUGAGUACGCUGAUAUUCGAAAUGCGGAUGGAACCACUGUCAAGUCCAAAGCGCGAAAAUAUCUGGAGGAGUUCAUGGGGCAGAUGUACAUGAUGACUAGUCUUCUGAAUAAGUCCUAA